AUGGAUUCAAACAAGAGUUUCAAAAAUGAGUCAAAAUGUUCACCCAGACGUCUGAAUAAAAUGAGCAACUUGCGUCUAAGACUUUCGAUGAAUGAACAAGAAGCAAGCUAACCAAUGAAUAUUUAAGAUAAUUUUUCCAAUGAGGUAGACUUAUAGCCAGAACAGGUUACUGUUCGAGAUCUGAAGAGUACUAAAAUUAAAAGUCACAGGCAUAAUCAGCAUAUUAAUCAAUAACCUAAAUUCAAUAAAAUUUCUUUGAACUUCAGUCCUAAUAAGAGAAAUCGUAGAAUGAGAAUCUUAAGAAAUAAUGAAUAGAUCAAUCUGUCCUAUAACUACUAAGAUUCCUCUUAAGAUUCUGAAUCUCCUAAAAAUAAAUAAAGUUAUUAGAACUUUGUAGAAAAUACAUCCAAAGAAAAAGCUUAAAUAAAGAGAGAUCUCGAAAGGAAAAGUAAAAUUGUAAAGAUGAAAAUUUCUCAUAUUUAAACUCUUGACCCUGAAGAUCAUGAUAAUAGUGCAGGAUUUGUUUAGGAACAUUCUAGAUCAUCACACACCAAGAAAGCCAAGCCACUACUCUAUGAUACGCAUGAUCCAUCUGUAAGAAGAGAAUAUAACUUUAACAUAAGGGAGUAAUCUCAAAUUUUACCAGUGAGCUACAAUCCAAUAAAGUAAUUUUCCGAUUAAAAGAUAUUUGAAAUGUCCAAUCUAUACACCGAAAGAUAAAGUGUGUCUAGUAAGGCCCCUUAAAGCGUUCUACCACCUCUGAAACUUUCAUCUAGGAAUCAAAAGAUUAGUACUUUUAAAUACCUUCAUGAAAGCAUCAAUAAUAUUAAGGACUCUGAUGUCAUUAAGAAUAGAAAUAGAUCAAUAAACAAAGUGAGUGAUACUGUCUCAAUGUUAAAGACUGCCAAGGUUAAGUUCUUGAGAAGGUCUAUCCAUGAGAAUGAAUCUUCUACCACUUCCCCAGAUAAAAAUAGAAGCAAGGAAAGAGACUAAGAGUUAUAGUAAAAAUAGCAGUAGCCAAUGUAGGCUGAAUUCAAUUCAAGGAUAUAGUUAUUUUCGGAAGAGUAAGGUAUUAAAGCAAUGGCUAAAACCCAGAGCAAACAAAAUAGGAAUCAAUCAACAAUCCAUGAGCAUUCAAAUGUAUUAAGAAAUGAACUUUAAAGGCUACUGAGAGGAAGGAAAGCUAAAGCAUCUUUUUAGCAAAACUAAUAGUUCCUCAAAGUUCCAGAAUAGUAAUCAUUAAAAGUUGACUCCAGUUAAUUGACUAUUAACACCCAGAGUGAAUCCUUUAUAAAUCUUGACGUAACUGAGAAGCCUGCUGAGAUAAAAAUCUAAUCUCUUUUGAGUGAUUUAUAGGAUAAAUUAGUUACCUUCACUAGUAAGAAUCAAAGAGGAAUAGUAGAAACCUUAUUUAAGGCUAGAUACAUGGAAUCUUAGAAAUUUCCGAGUAUCAGAAAGUAUCAUGAAGAGCACUCAGAAUUAUGA